UGCGACUAAGACGGACCCAUUAUUCUAUAAUAGGACAACACACCCGUGAAAAACGUAUUGAGACUUUAGAUGUCAGUCCAUAGUCUUCGUGGUUCGAACUGGUUUGAACCCAGUUUAAGUAUAUGUGUCUAAUUAAAUUAGGUCAACUGGAAAUUGUGUUUUUUUAUUUUAAAAUCAGGAGACUCUCUUUGUUCUUCACAAGGCUGAAUGCAUCGAUGUGAUUCUGUCAGUUGUGUCAGAGACUGUGCCACAAUCUAUGCCUACCUGUGACAUUUUAAAAGAUGUCACCAGAGCGCAGCUGACUGCACACAGCCAGCCAGAGUUGACGGAUAUCCCCUGUCCGAGGACACACCCUCCUCACACUCACACACGAAACGCUCCGCACCGCGUUUCCCACAAAGUGCACCGUCCAGACUCUCACUUCCACAGUAGCGCACGCCCGCACUCAGCACAGCUCCACUUUCAUGCUGUGGGGAUCUGUUCCGUUCUCUUGCUCUCUACGAGUCUUCUGGGCGCGCCGAGUGAAAGCUGCAGCGUGCGGGGGUUAAACGCAGGGGGAAAAGUCGCGUUGUAAAGAGUGAGCGAGUAAAUGGGAUGAGAGCUCAAGUCACUGAACCAGCAGGUCGGACACUCAAAGCUUCUUAACGGCAGGUGGAGGGAACAGAGAAGGCAGUGGUGGGGGCAGUGUUUUCCCUAGAGAAGACCCACCCUGGAUACUGCUAAGUGUAGGUUUCAGGCAACCAGGCAGGUUGACCACCUCUGCAGACAAUUUCUACCACCUCUACCGCCACUAUCUCUUUGACCAUCACGAUGACCAAACCGUAAAUGAACCGAUGAGAACCAACCAAGGAAACUGGACUCUCCACCCUUCCAGAACGCACGGUUUAAGUCCACCAAGCUUAGCCCUUGUUAUGGAAAGAGACGCAGAGAGGGGUCAGAUCAGGAGGGGAAGAGGUUUGGGAAAUAGCUUAAGAACAACAAGACACAAGGAACGAGGACAGACGAGGACCAUGCUUUUUCUUGUCUCUCUCGCUUUACAGUCACAGCUGGUGUGUGCGGUGGGCAUGUUUGAGGUACAGAUCAAACAGUUCCAGAACCCUCAGGGCCUUCUGCAGAAUGGGGAGUGCUGUGACCUCCCGUCCAACAGGGGACAGCGCUGCCCCGUCAGUGACCAAUGUGACACCUUCUUCCGUGCUUGCCUGAAGGAGUACCAGGCCCGGGUGGCCCCCACUGGAACGUGUACGUUUGGGUCGGGCAGCACGGCAGUCCUUGGGGGCAACUCACACUCUCUUCGCCACCAUACGCAUGACGGAGGAGAAGGAAACAAUGGCCGCAUCGUCAUUCCAUUUGCAUUCGCCUGGCCAAAAUCCUUCUCCCUGGUGCUGGAGGCUCUCGAUCACGACAAUGAAACCGAACAGGUGAGGGAGCAGCUGAUUGAGCGCGUGCUGCUGUCCUCCAUGCUGAACCCGAGCGAGCAGUGGCAGCUCUUCAAACACCACGGCCAGCACCUUGAGCUGGAGUUCCGCCUGCGCUUCCACUGCGAGGCCAACUAUUACGGCUCCGCCUGCAACCGCUUCUGCCGCGCCCGCGACGACUUCUUUGGACACUUCGACUGCGACGUGGCCGGAACCAAGGUCUGCAAGGAGGGCUGGACGGGCCCAGAGUGUCUUGAGGCUGUCUGUCGGCAGGGAUGCCACCGGGACCACGGCACCUGUAAGCAGCCCGGCGAGUGCAUCUGUAGCUACGGUUGGAGGGGCAAUUUGUGCGACGAGUGUGAAACCUUCCCUGGGUGUGUCCAUGGCACCUGCACGGAGCCAUGGAAGUGUGUGUGUGACACCAACUGGGGUGGACUGUUGUGCGACAAAGACCUGAAUUACUGUGGCACUCACUCACCCUGCAAAAACGGGGGUACGUGUGGCAACACAGAGCCCAAUGAAUACCAGUGUGUGUGCCAAGAGGGCUUCCGUGGCCGAAAUUGUGACAUUGUGGAGCAUGCCUGCUUGUCGUCACCCUGUCUGAAUGGAGCCACUUGCGUAGAGGAUGACAACCCUGCAGGCUUUAAAUGUGCCUGUGCAGAUGGCUGGACGGGUCCCACCUGUGUAGACGCCGUGCUGAAGUGUGAGUCCAGCCCAUGUGGCCGGGGAGCCACGUGCCAGGACACCACCGAGGGCUUCCAGUGCCUGUGUCCCCCAGGCUGGGCCGGCAGGACCUGCCAACUGGACACCAACGAAUGUGAGAUGAAUAUGUGCAUAAACUACCGCUCUUGCCGUAACCUGAUUGGUGGCUACCUCUGCGACUGCCUCCCAGGCUGGUCCGGACCCAACUGUGAGAUCAGGAAUGGCAGUUGCCAGGGCUUGUGCCUGAACGGUGGACGAUGUGAGGAGUCGCAGUCAGGUUGGCACUGUGCGUGUCCACCUCCCUUCUCUGGGAAGCACUGCCAGAUUGUACGGAGACCCUGUGAGAGCGCCCCCUGUCUGCAUGGAGGGAAGUGCGUGGAGCAGGAGAGUGGGCAAGGCUUUACCUGCAACUGUCCAAUGGGCUUCACAGGCACACGCUGUGAGGUGCAGCUGGACCCCUGCGAUCCCAACCCAUGCCAGCAUGGUCUGGAGUGUCACCGAGCGGAGGGCAGCUACAGGUGUUACACCAGCUUUUCUGGGGCCUGUCACGGGCAGCACUGCCAAGCAGGUAGUCAAGGCAGCUUCGUCACGUCCAUGGUGAUGGUGGGCGUGUUCGCCCUGGCACUAGCGGCCGGUUGCACGGCGUGUGCCGUGCUGCUCUCGCGGCUUCAGCGCCGGCACCAGCGCAAGCAGCAGCUGCAGGGUGGCAGCAUGGCGCGCCACGAGGGCGCGACCAUCAACAACCAGCGGGACUUCUGCGUGCCCGUCCGCAACGUGGAGCGCGGAGCGCCCUUGCUGCCCGCCUCCGGCCUGCCACCGCCACCGCGCUGCUGCGCCGCCGAGGAGAUCGAGCUGACACUGCCGCCGUCGCCCGCACCCUCCCACUCCUCGCCGGCCCUCAAGCCUGCCCACCUGCCCAAACUGGACAUCUCUAACCUGGAGCGCGAAAAGCUUAACCGCUUCCACUACACGGACAACCAUGAGCAGGAAGCGUGACCUGCCUCUGACCCCUUCCCAGCAUCCCCCUCCCAAGACUUGUCAGUGUUUGUGACCCCCCCCCACCCCAGAUACCCUUACAUGACAAGUGCUCUGGACCCAAAGGCAACAGGCCAGCCCUGCCACCCACUAUUAGAACCCUCUUCAACCUGUCGUGUGUAAGAUGAGGACCUUAUGGUUGACUGAUGUUGUGGGGUUGUGGUGCUUUGGCAUGGCUACGGAAGGGACAGAGCCAUAGACAUUUUUAUUUAUGCUGGUGUGGCUUCGCUGGCAACAGAUACCGUUACCACUGUCAAAAUGGGAUUCACAGAUAUCAGUGAAAGGUGCAUUAUUAGUGUGUGUGUGUGUGUGUGUGUGUGCAUGCGUGUGUGUAUUUGUGCUGUAUUGUCUGUGCCACUGUAAGUGAUCUGAUGAUUUCAUGUGAAUGUGUGUGUGUCUUUGUGUGAGAGUACUGGUUUUUCCUCUUUGUGUGGGUCUCACUGUUUCUUUCCCAGCCUUUGUCUUAAAACUCGGUGAAUUCUCCCUGGAGGUCCCCUCACCUGAACACGUACAUUUAGCCAGACACUAUGGCAUCUUAAAUGACUAGAGUUACUGAAGAAAAGGGGAAUUUUCCUGAACAAGGGACAGCCAAAUAAUUGAAGGAGUGACAAAGGGAGCAUAGCAAUUGUGGAAGAAAGUUGCAAAAGUGAUAUGGUUGAUUAGAAAGACAUGAAAAACCAAAAGACUGCGAGCUGACAAAAGAAAAAAAAAGAUUCUUACUAAAUGUUGCCUAUGCUGUGUUGCAGUUGUAAAGGAUGUAUGAUUUUUUAUACUUGUAUGUAAAUACUGAUCCUGUAAAUAUGUUGUACAUAUUGAUUUGGAGCAUUCUUUUGUACUGCAGUUCGUUUCAGAAUGUUGCCAUUUUAAAUUACUUCCUUUUUAUCUUCAUUCACUCCUCUCAGCUGGAAUUGCAGCAGGAUUGGAUUGUAAUUAAAGUGCAUUUAUGGAACAAA